UGCGUACAUCGGUCGUGACUGUCUGUGGUCGGACGAUCAAUCUGGCUUUAUACGGGGAGUUGUUUAUUAACAGCUCGUAUUUGUACUUUUUCGGUGUUAAAUUUUUACAAUUGAACUAUUUUGAGAAAAUAGAGGUAUUUAAAUGCUGCAGCCUUUAACUAAAUAGUUACUAAGAAUGUGUGAAGAGUUAGCAAAAUAUAUAUGCAUGAUAGAAAACAACCAGUAUCAUUGAUGGACAUCAUAUGCUGAAGCUUGUGAAGUUGUUUAUCAAUUUUCAAUUGAAUUGACAUCGAUUUACACAGUGUUCUAAGGAAUAACAAAGUUGAAUCAUUUCAUCAGAGUAUACAAUCUCUCAGUUAUUGUGAAAAAUGCGAGGGCGCAGUCAUACCACACCUCGUCGUCGUGGUCCUAAACUGCCACUACCAGCACCAUGUCGAGGAAGCUAUGAAGAGGUUUCAGAGUCACCUUACUAUACUAUUGAUAAUACGGAAGAUAUUUAUGGCACAACCCUCUUGCCGUCGCAGCGCUGUUAUGUGGAUCCGUGGGAUUUGGAGAAUUACGACUAUGUCAGAAAAAAGCUGGAUUCAACGGGAGUACGUACUUCCCCUGAGCCUUACUAUGAAACAUCGAUGCCGAUUUGCCCUUAUUAUAGUGCACCGCCAAAAAUGCAUGAGAAAAUACCGAAUGCACAACAAAAGCGCAUGGCCAAAACUAUGCCGCGAAAUCGACGUCGUUCCCAUUGGAACCAGUCAUGUCAGCUGCGUUGUUGCACAUCAUCAGAACCAAUGUUACGUCCACAUAUGUAUGAAGAUACUCGAAGUGAACUUUUGGGUGUUGGUCGUGGCAAAUACGAAGAUUAUAUGUCGCGCGUUAUCAUGAAUCUAGAAGCCGAAGAGGAUGCAUACAAUGGUAAUGGGAGCGUUUCAUCAUCAUCUUCCACGGAGUUGGAUAGCUCUAUUGGUGAAGGAUAUUAUCAAGCACAGUCAAUAACUUCGAAGAAAACUUCUGGCUACGAUGCCGUAACAUUACCAUCAUAUGGCCGACCUUCACCACAAUUGCAGUUCCCAGCGCCUCCCUCACUUCCACCACCAACCUUUUCGCAUGAUUACUCCAAUCCUUAUGCAACUCUACCACAUUGUAGCGUUUCUGAUUGUUAUGAUUGCUCUAUGAUCUAUGGCUCUCCACAACCUGUAUAUGAUUUAUACAGUAACGGAGAGUGCAGCAAUAAAGGAAGUACGAUUUACAGCAGCACAAGACCGUCCUCUUCACUCUACAGCGGAAUUUACGCGCAUAAAUUCGGGUUGAGUAAAAAGGGACUUCUGCAAAUUGACUAUUCCUGCAGUUGGAAUGAUCUGGAUCGUAUUAUGAGCCGUCAUUUUUAAAUAUGCAUAUGAACAGCUUCGGAAAGAGCCAACUUAUUAUAACUAUUCAUUGUAUUGAGAUAUUAAUCUUAUUAUCGUUAUUGUUGUGCAAGUAAUACUAUAUAUAUGUAUAUUAGGGCGUUUUUUUAACUAUUAAUUUUUUUCAAUCCCAUCAUGAAAUUUCCAUAAAAAAUACCCAAAAUUUUAUUUGCUACAAAAAAGAUCCGAGGUCAAAACCGCUAUCAUUAAUACUUCUCGAGAUACUCGGCUUUUUAAGUAAGGCUGUAUGAAAUUUUCAUAGAGGGUAUGUAAAAAAAUUCCUACAAGUUUGUCAUGUACAUUUUUUCUAUAGCUCUUGUCAUUUACGAGAUAUAUACAAAAAAAUGCGAAUUUCGUGGAGAAGUCAGGUUUAGAGCCCCGUACUACCUCGCCGGUGUGAGUUUCGACUUUGCCGCAAUGGGCACUUUUGUAGAGUGUUCAAUUCUGAGGAAUAUGUGUCUAAAGUCAAAGCGAUGCCAUAAAAUGCCUCUGAGCAAUAGAAAUUCAAAGAUAAAAAAUCACGAUUGUCCUGUAUUUUCAAUGGAAAGUUUUUACAUGCCGCGGUCCAGUCCUAAAUGUUAAUAUUAAGGGCUCGAAUUUUCAGGAAAUUUUUUUAGGGUAUUUCCAAGGAAAUUUCAUGAUGGGAUUGAAAAAAUGAAUAGUUCAAAAAAAACAUUCUAAUAUAUAUAUUGUAUGUUGUAUAUAUAGUAUAUCUUAUAUUUACACUGUUUUAUUAUUAUAAAAAUAUUUUAUUUUGAUAGACGAAUAUUUCUUAGUAAGUCAUAAAUUACCAAAAAAUAAAUAUAUUCAUACUAAUAGAUCCAGCAAUACGUUGCUGAGGCUAUGGUAUACUAUUUAAUAAAUUAUUUGAUACAGUGAAACUUUAUUGCAGAUAUAAAAAUACAAGAGAUUGUACAUAAGUUAUCAUUUUGAAAAUGAUUGAUACAAAUAUUUGUCAAUGGCAAAAACUUUUACAUUUCCAUUCGGUAUUUUAUUGAAAAUAUAUGAUUACUAUUAUUUUUUUGGAUUAUUUGAAAAUAUAUUUUAUUUAUGAACUGUUUUGACUUUUAAAAUAAUUGAGAUAUAAAGUACCCUAUCACUUAAGUUAGAUACAAAUGGUACAAUGUGCAAAAUGUUACUGAAAUUUACUCAGUAGUAAGUGUUUACUCCGGAGAAAACGUGACAGGUAAUUCCUAUCACUAACAACUUUGGAAAUAACUUGUUCAUUAAACACCUUAUAUAUAUUUGUCCUUAAAAGCAACUCAAAGAAAAUGUGUUUACAAAUUUCGAAGUAAUGUUAAGACUUAACCCCAUGGUUUUGUAUACCGGUUAUAACGUUUCCGUUAUUAUUCAUAAAUAUCAUUCACUCUAUUGAAUAACUUAUAAUAGAACAAUUUUAAAUACUACAAUACCAUAGCCAUAGCAACGCUAAACCACAUUAUUUCAAAGAAAUAAACUUAAAUUCAAUAAAAUAUCACACACCCAGUUUCGAAAUUAA